AUGUAUGUGAAAUGGUUUGAUACAGUAAUGUUUUACUGUGUGAUUUUAGUGUAUUUCGUGAAUGUCACUUUUUGUCAUUUUCAAAUUUCCCGCCGUUCCGUCCCCCGUACGUCCCGACGCUCGCAGGGGACGGAACCCAGACGACAGAUGCCGGCAUCCGCCGGAGGACAUUACAGGGGACACUGCAGGAGGGACAUCGCGGGAGCGCAGGACAAGGUAAGACAAGAACAGAUCCCUGAGCAUGGUAAGCCCGAGUGUAGCUCGAGGUUACUGCUUGUGCUACACUCGGGAAUACCGCCAGGGGGGGUA